GCUGGGGCCGGUAAUCCCGAGCCGGCUGCGGGGCUGCCAUCCUCUGUCCAUCCAGCCCGAGCUUGUCCUGUGACGCUGGCCGGGCAUGUCCCCGCGGCGCUCUGUCCUACCAGGGCCAACCUCUGCGGAGAAGGGGCAUAGACACUGGGUGUUCAUAAGAAUGGAAGCACUGUUUCCUUGCCGCUGUAGCUCAUGAACCUUCAGAUUCUUGGGGAAGAGCCUAUGUGAAAUGAUGACAAAUCUAUCACCAGUGUAGCAACAACAGUCUAAGGGCAAAAACAAACUUUGAAAAAAGAAGCAUUGACGUUUAUAUUCAACAAAGAAGCCAUUGCAAUCAGCAACUUCUGCGGCGUCAUCUUUCCAAGAUGAACCGGUACACAACCAUGAGACAACUGGGGGAUGGCACCUAUGGCAGUGUGCUGAUGGGCAAGAGUAACGAAUCUGGGGAGCUGGUGGCCAUCAAAAGGAUGAAGAGAAAGUUCUAUUCUUGGGAUGAAUGUAUGAACUUGAGAGAAGUUAAGUCCCUGAAGAAACUUAAUCAUGCCAACGUGAUUAAACUGAAAGAAGUUAUCAGAGAAAAUGACCAUCUUUAUUUUAUAUUUGAAUAUAUGAAAGAAAACCUCUAUCAAUUAAUGAAAGACAGAAACAAGUUGUUCCCCGAGUCAGUCAUCAGAAAUAUUAUGUAUCAGAUAUUGCAAGGGCUGGCAUUUAUCCAUAAACAUGGUUUUUUCCAUAGGGAUAUGAAACCAGAAAACUUGCUUUGUAUGGGUCCAGAACUUGUGAAAAUUGCUGAUUUUGGACUUGCCAGAGAAUUAAGGUCACAGCCACCAUAUACUGAUUAUGUGUCUACCAGAUGGUAUCGUGCUCCUGAAGUUUUAUUAAGAUCUUCAGUUUAUAGCUCUCCCAUUGACGUGUGGGCUGUUGGGAGUAUAAUGGGGGAACUAUAUACAUUAAGACCCCUCUUCCCAGGGACAAGUGAGGUCGAUGAAAUCUUUAAAAUUUGCCAAGUUUUAGGGACUCCGAAAAAAAGUGACUGGCCAGAAGGGUAUCAGCUUGCAUCCUUGAUGAAUUUCCGCUUUCCCCAAUGUGUUCCUAUAAACUUAAAAACUCUAAUUCCUAAUGCCAGUAAUGAAGCUAUUCAACUUAUGACAGAAAUGUUAAAUUGGGAUCCAAAAAAACGACCAACAGCAAGCCAGGCAUUAAAACAUUCAUAUUUUCAAGUCGGUCAAGUCUUAGGCCCUUCCUCACAUCAUCUGGAAUCGAAAAAGUCUUUAAAUAAGCAGGUGCAACCACUAGAAUCAAAGCCAUCUUUAGUUGACCUAGAGCCUAAGCCUCUGCCAGACGUAAACAAUCAGACUGCCGGCCAGCCCCCGCCGAAAUACAGCCACCAGCCACUGCAGCCCAUCCAGCCACCACAGGACAUGAGUGUCCAGCAAGAGCCAAAGCUUCAGAGUCAACAGAAACAGCCACAAACACUGUUUCCAAGUAUCGUCAAAAACAUGCCAACCAAGCCCAAUGGCAUGCUGGGGCAUAAAGGCGCUAGGCGGCGUUGGGGUCAGACAGUGUUCAAGUCUGGAGAUCAUUGGGAAGAGUUUGAGGACUGUGAUUUCGGAGCCUCCGAUUCCAAGAAGCCAAGCAUGGGAAUUUUCAAAGAAAAGAGAAGAGAUUCUCCAUUUCGGCUUCCAGAAUCAGUACCGUCAAGCACCAACCACUCAGCAGGGGAAAACAAGAGAUUACCUGCUGCUAUCUCCCUAAAAUCUGAUUCCGAAUUGUCAACCACUUCAACAGCUAAACAGUACUACUUGAAACAAUCAAGAUACCUUCCAGGUGUAAAUCCUAAGACUGUGUCCUUGAUAGCCAGUGGGAAGGAUAUAAACCCAUAUACUUGGAGAAAUCAGUUAUUUCCUAAGUCUUUGAGACCCAUUGGGGCAGAGCUUGCUUUCAAAAGGAGUAACGCAGAAAGCAUAAUUAAACCAAUUGAAAAACUAUCAUGCAAUGAAAGUUUCCCUGAAAAAUUAGAGGACCCACAAGGAAAUCUUGGAAGUUAUGCUACUUACAAUCCGUCAGGAUAUAUUCCUUCCUUUCUCAAAAAAGAAGUGGGGUCAGCUGGCCAGAGGAUACACUUAGCACCUCUCGGUCCAACAGCUUCAGAAUAUACCUGGAACACAAAAAUUGGUCGGGGGCAGGUUUCUGGACCUACUUACACGCCUACAGCCAAGAAUCUAAAGAUUGUGCCCCGUGCACAGCCAGUUCCCUCUGUGCACGGGAGGAUAGACUGGGUGGCCAAGUAUGGAGGCCACCGGUAGGAGUCCGGGAAGCCCCGUAGCACUGCUCCAGAAUCCCGACCUGGGAAGUGUCUACAGACGUCCGCUUCUACUGAGUUCUGGAAAAACUAUGCAAUAGUGGGCACUUUGAAGAGCGAAAUCACCUCCUAUUUUCUUUCCUAGAAAUUCAUGUUCUUAGCAUCGUUGCCUACAGUGCUGGUAGAUGGGUAGGACUUUACAAAGUAUUGAAUAAACUAUUUGCCAAAGUAUCCAGUAUUUAAUAUACAAAUUAAUAGCUACUAAGUAGAAUAAGAAGCUUUUUUAAAAAAAUGCCUCCAGAAAGUGUUUAUAGAGUGUUUUAGUUUUCAUUUGCUGUAUAUUUACCUAAACUACUUGAUAUUUCCUCAUUGGGCCUCAGAGGUUUGUUCUGUUUUGGUUUUUUAUAGCGAUUAGGUAGACCACAGAUGUUUGUGGGCUGUCAGUUAUAGUUCUUAUGUGGCCACGGCUCUACUCUACCAUUUGGCAGUGGCAGAAAAAUGGUAAUUUAUUAUUUUUCUACUUUGAAAUUACAGAAGCAAUAGUAAUGCCAGUCUUUAGCGGGAUGUCUUAGAAAUUUAUCAUUAACAGAGAUUUCAAAAUUACACCACCUGAUUUUAGUGGGAAGAGUCUGGUGUUUAUUUGAACCAGUACAACUGCUGUGAAUUCAUAGUAACUGUCAAACCCAAAGGCGUGAUGACUCCCAAUGAACCAAUUCAUGGUUCUCUCAGUCUUCACAUCAACAACGUUCUUGAAACUGUAAUGUGUGUCCAUCAGACUUUCAAAAUCCAUUUGUUUCCGUGUUCCUACCAGACAUAAGGGUGGGUGUGUCAGCCAGCUCCCCAGAGCACUCUUGCCGCUGCAGACCACUCACCCAGCUCUGACCUGCACACGUGCUCUGAAGAGCAAAUCCACUCAGCUGCUGUAACAGUGAUCACUUAGUACAUUUUUUGUCUUAGUUUUAUUUCUAAAUUGGUAUUUAAAAUAGACAUUUUGAACUUACGACUAUAUAAACCUGCCAUUUUAUGGACUGGGCAUUAGUACCGCACAUUCUUUUUUUAAAGAGUAAUGUCAUCAACUGAUAUUGUAUUUUAUGACUGUAACAAAUUCUAAUGUAAUUGGUGUCAUCUUGUAAACAUUAUUCAAAGGCACAUUAUAAUAAUAAUAUGGUGUUUUUGUAUAGAAGAUUCAGCUCACCUUGUGAAAAAUGUUAAAAUCUAAAGAGUAAUUUAUGUUGGGGGUAAUGGUUAUAUAUGUUU